GAGAGAGAGAGAGGAGAGAGGUCUAAUCAGAAAAGGGUUAAGGCCGAGUGGUGGGUUCAGUUAGGCGAGUGCUCAGUUGGUUUGAGGCUGUCCGGCGAGAUGGUUUGUCGGAUUUGGAAAAGGAACGAAAGGGUAUUUUUUGUGUUUGUGAGUUCUCUUAUUCUUCUUAUUCUCUUUGAUUGGCUAAUGUGACUACGAUGGUUAGGAACGAAGGUCUAUGGCUGGCCGGUUCAUGGUCAUGGCCUUUGGGUUAGAUUAGGAUUGUUUGGUUAGAUGAUUGAGAGUUGAGGCCGAGUGUAUUAUCUUUGUCUGGUGCAUUCAUGUAGGCUACUCAAACCAGCUAUAUUAGCCUAUAGACCCUAAGUAUGGUCCUAUCCUUAUGGAUCGAUGGGUCGCAUAUGGUGUUAGGUUAUGAUUAAGGCAACCGGCAGAUGGGAUGAUUUCGCUAAGGUAGUAAUAUGAAGUGUUGUUGAGUCUAAAACAUAUCAUGUAUAUUAUUGGGAGUGGGUUUAAAUGAAAACCACACAUCUCAUUUUUAUUUAUCAUUUGUUAUCAAAUAUUUGUUUUUGAAAUAAUUUCGUUUAGUGAGUUGUAAGAUGAUUGUUUUUUUAAAUAAUUUUGUUUUGAGUGAGUUGUAAGAUGAUUGUAGAUGAAUUAGAGAGUUUACAUAAUUUUAGUUUAAAUCGUUAUAGAAUCUCAUUUAAAACCAUGCAAUUUUAGUUUUAUUAUUUUUAACUAAGAAAACACACUAAAAUAAUUUAAAAUUACUAUUUUUUUAAAGGUUCACAACUUAAAAUACUUCAAUAAUAAUGAAUUUAAAAAUAAUUUCUUAAAUACAAGUUCAAUAACACUAUUUUUUUUUCAAAAAAGUAAAAAGCUUUAUAAAAGUUUAAAUUUAAAUAAUACAUUAGUCAUUCAAUACAAAUCAAUUCAAAUUCGCAACUGAAUACACCCUCUAAAUUUUUGUGAAAAUAAAAAAAAAUACUAAUGUUGCAUCGACCGAUUAGAUUAAGUUUUAUAUUAAAAGAUAUAAAGGUUUUAAUAUAUGCAUUUUGUUAUUGUAUAUUCUGUGAAGGUUAGCAAGUCUGUUAUCAAAAUUUUAAAUUUACCUAGUUUUUUACUUUUAUAGUUUUAUGGUUGUUUCCAAAUAAUUACUCUUGUAUAGAAAAGACAUCAACAAGUUACCACGAAACUUUGUUCGGUGGGAAUGUAAACAGUAGAUUCUGAUAUGUUUAGUCGCUGAGCAAUACUGUAACCGUUCCUCAGAACAAAGAACCCAAACCGUACGCGUGUAACCCACGCGCCACCACUAUCCUCUCUUUGUCUCGAGCAUCCGCUUCUCUCCUGUCAUCCAACCGCUCUCCUUCCCCAAUAUUGCUUGCUCUUUCGCCGCCGUACAAACACGAACAAAAAUGAUUGAUAGGAAGAGGAAAGAGUUCAUCAGUGAAGAAGACAUGGCCACUCUUUUGCAAAGAUACGACACCAUGACGAUACUGCAACUGCUUCAAGAAAUGGCCUAUUACGCUGAACCCAAGAUGGACUGGAACGAGAUGGUGAAGAAGACUAGUACUGGAAUCACCAGUGCUAGAGAUUAUCAGUUGCUAUGGCGGCAUCUUGCUUAUCGAGACUCUCUACUCCCCAAUGCUCAAUCUUUGGAUGAUGAUAGUGACAUGGAGUGUGAGUUGGAAACUUCCCCUGCAGUCAAUGUUGAUGCAGUAUCCGAAGCUGUUGCGCAUGUCAAAGUGAUUGCUUCUUCCUUUGUGCCAAGUGAUUUAGACAUUCCUGAAGACUCAACUUUUGAGGCUCCCUUGACCAUAAAUAUACCUUAUGGCCACAGGGGGCCUCAGGAACCAUCAGACUCGUAUUGGUCGUCAAAAGGGAUGAAUAUCACCUUUCCUAUUUCCCUUCAGAAAGCAGCUGAGGGACAUAAUGGAAAUGGGCUAGCCAGUAGCGUGGCUGCUCGUAAGAAAAGGAAAAAAUGGUCAGCUGAGGAGGAUGAGGAGCUGAUCGCUGCUGUGAAACGACAUGGUGAAGGAAGCUGGGUGACUAUUUCUAAGGAAGAAUUUGAAGGAGAGAGAACAGUCUCACAACUCUCGCAGCGGUGGGGAUUUUUAAGGAAAAGGGGUGAUACUUCAAACUCUUCUACCCAAUCUGGCCUACACAGAACAGAAGAACAAAUGGCAGCUAAUCGUGCAUUAUCUUUGGCAGUGGGAAAUCGAGUUCCCUCAAAAAAGGCUGCAGUAGGCAUACCUCCAGUGCGUACAUCCGGUACCAUCACGGGAGCACAAGCCAAUGGUGCUAACAAUGGUAAUUCAUUGCAAGGUCAACAACAGUCUCAGCCAGUAGUUCAAGCAACCCCCCGGGUAGCAACAUCGAUUCCAACUACAAAAUCUCGAGUACCUGCAAAGAAAACAACAGCAAAUUCCACUUCGAGGUCAGCACUAAUGGUAACAGCUAAUUCAGUAGCUGCUGCAGCCUGUAUGUCUGGCCUGGCAACUACCGCAUCAGUGCCAAAGGUUGAGCCCGUAAUAAAGGCUUCCCCUGCCGCAGCAUCUUUCCCUCGCCCAUCAGCUAUAUCAUCAGCACUGAAUGCUGAACCCGUAAAGAAUGCUUCCCCUGCUACCACGUCUUUUCCUCGUCCAUCUGGUAUAUCAUCAGCACUGAAUGCUGAGCGUAUAAAAGCCGCUUCUGCAGCCUCUUUCCCUCGUCCAUCAGGUAUAUCAUCAGCACCGAAUGGUGUGCCUGUCAAAACCGCUUCAGCAGCCAUUUUGCCACGUCCAUUAGGCGUUAUAUCAGCAUCAAAGGCUGAGCCCUUUAAAACCGCUCCGGUAGCCUUUUUGCCGCGUCCGUCAGGUACUAUAUCAGCACCAAAUGCUGAGCCUGUAAAAGCCGCUUCCGCGGUGUCUUUGCCUCGUCCAUCAAGUAUUAUAUCAGCAUCGAAGGCUGAGCCAGUAAAGAGUGUUGCUGCCGCUGGACCUUCGAAUGUAAGGAAUGCAGUUACUGGAAGCCCAAGACACGUGCUAUCUUCUUCACCUAUGGCUCCUUUCUCCAAAGGGCCUACAAUCUAGAAUAAUCCAUCUCCUGAUUUUGAGUCGUCAAGAUUGGCCCCUACACAGAGAGUUCCUGCGGCUAAUGUAACUCCACAAAAGCCAAAUGCGGGAGCGGGAGUUACUGCUACUUGCAAGCCUGUUGGUGUGCAGACACAGGGAAACAUAGCAAACCCCAUAGUUACACCAACACUUCGAUCAUAUAAAGCCAUCUCAACGAACUCAGUGAUUACCACAGCAAAACCGGUGGCUGCAAAGGUGGAGACUCCUAGUCUUUUGCCUAAGCAUACCCAAGUACCUCAGACUGAAGUUGGUAGUGGUACCGAGAAAAGUUCGUUGGCUAAACCAUCUGGAAAAGAGAGUAGUACCACGGUUUCACCGCUUGUGGUGGCUGAGGCUGAAUCAAAAUCCAAGGGUGAAGAAAGUAAAGGGAAAAGUCUGGAUGUUGCAACCGUUACAGGGACCGAGAAGAAGGGGUUGUAGUUUAUAUGUCGUGCAUUGUUUUAGUGCUUUUAUUCUUGUGUUUUCUUAGGACUGGAAUACGAUAAUGUACAGUAGUAAUACUCACUACUUACUUUUUUUUUUGAUCAA